AUGACACCUCGGAUCGAUAUCACAGGCAACCAGGCCGAAGCCGGAGCGACCCAGGUUAACAACGUGACACUAAGCACCAGCCACACGAACGACGACAUCGAUCGUCCCUGCGUCCGUGCCCUCCGAUGCCCCGACUCGCUGGCGGUCAAACACCGACUGAAAGAGAACAAAGACAAACUAGUGCCCAAGUCCUUCGACUGGAUUUUAAAGGACCCCCAAUAUCUCCGCUGGCAAGAUGAGUCCGACAUGGGACUCUUAUGGAUUAAAGGCGGUGCGGGGAAAGGGAAGACGAUGAUGUCGAUUGGUCUCAUCGAAGUGCUGGAAGAGCAAUCGCGACGGAUGGCAGACUCAUCCGCGGUGAUAUACUUCUUCUGUCAAGAUGCGGACUACGAACUCAACACCAUUGACGCGGUCAUUAAGGGUCUGAUCCUCCAACUGGUGAGGAAGCAGCCGAAACUCAAGCAAUCACUGCGGGACCGAUGGGACGUGGCUAGUCAGCGAUACACCGAAAAUGUCUCAUCAUGGCGGGGUUUGUGGGUCAUCUUCCUGGAGAUGCUUUAUCGGUGCACUUAUACACGCCUCUAUGUGAUGGUGGACGCGCUGGACGAAUGCCAGGACCGCGAGAUGGCGGAGCUACUUCGACUAGUUGUGCGGACAGCACUGGACCGGCUAUCCCGUCUGAAAUGGCUGAUAACGAGUCGACCGUUGGACAGCGCGGAGCGAGUGCUGUUAGCUGGGCCAGACCAGGUCGGGGUCAGUCUCGAACUAAACUCGGAUCACCUCUCGCAGGCCGUGCGGACGUACAUUUCGCACAAGGUGGCGGAACUAGAUCUUUGGUGUGAGUAUGGCCCUGAUCUUCGGCACCGGGUCGAGGACGAGCUACAUAUAAAAGCCGAGGAUACUUUCUUAUGGGUCAGUUUAAUGUGUAAAUAG